AUGGUUAGUUGUAGCAUUUUAGGAUGCAACAGCAUCAGUCAACGAAAGAGUGAUAAUAUUACCUUUCAUCGCUUUCCUAAGGAAUCAGCUAUCCGUAAUUGUUGGAUAAUUGCUACCGGUCGUGAUAAUUGGCAACCAACAAAACAUAGCCGGGUAUGCUCAAAACAUUUUGAACCACAUUGUUUUAGGCGGACUAAAUGUUUAACGUUGCUUAGUUUGAGAUCCAUUCCAAAGCUCUAUGUACAUCCUCAGUUGGAAAGUCCAGUAGAGACUUCGCCGCGCAAACGAAAAUUACAGUAUAAAUUGCUACAAAAAACAAAUUUAACAAAUAAACAAAAGAAAAAAAUUGCUGUGCUUCGUUCAAAAUCAUGGCGAUUACAAAAAAAGAACGCCAAUCUUUCAUCGGUGAUAGAAGUCUUAAAAGCUGAAUCACUUAUAAAUCAAGAAACUGCUGAUGCAUUAGCAUCAAUAGAUCCCAUAAAUAAGGAUAUUUUGAAAAGAGUAGCAGGCAUUUCGUCGUGCAAAAAAUACUCUCCAGUAUUAAGAAAAUUUGCCUUGACUCUACACUUCAUAAGUCCUAGAGCUUACGACUUCGUGCGAAAAAGUUUUAAUACUUGUUUGCCGCACCCACAGACAUUGACACGCUGGUAUCAAUGCGUCGAUGGAGAACCUGGUUUUACAAAGGAAUCUUUGGAUGCACUUAAGCUCCUAGUAAAAAAUUCUUCAAAACAAUUAUAUGCCGCUCUUUGCUUCGAUGAGAUGGCGAUCCGUAAACAUGUCGAGUGGGACGGAGAAAAUUAUAUUGGUUUUGCUAAUACUGGAAAUAAUGUAGAAAAUGAUGAAUUGCCGAUUGCCAAGGAAGCAUUGACAUUUAUGUUGACCUUCGUCAACGGCACUUGGAAAAUACCAAUAGGUUAUUUUAACAUCAAUAGCAUCACUGCAGAACAAAAGGCUGCUCUUGUCAAACACUGUAUUGACCUUGUAGAAGGCUGUGGCAUCAAUUUAAUAUCUGUAACGUUUGACGGAUGCGCCGCCAAUUUUUCUAUGGCUAAAGUUUUGGGAUGCAAGUUAGAUGGAGAUGCUAAUAAUUUUGAUACUUCAUUUUAUCAUAAUGGAAAAAAAGUUGUUAUAUUUCUAGAUCCUUCGCACAUGAUAAAAUUAGUACGGAAUGCUCUAGGUGACAAAAAUAUAUUAAUUUCUGCUGAGGGUGAGAUAAUAUCCUGGGACUAUGUAAAACGUCUUGUUGAUUUACAAGAAAAUGAAGGCUUUCAUCUGGGUAAUAAAUUAUCAAAAAAUCGUAUAAAUUUCCGAAAACAAAUUAUGAAAGUUAAGCUGGCUGUUCAAGUUUUUAGUGAAUCUGUUGCAGAUGCCCUUGAAUUUUGCAGGGACAACUUGAACUUAAAUGAAUUUUCAGAUUGUGGUGGAACAGUUAAAUUUAUCCGAAAUAUCAAUGCCUUAUUUGAUGUGAUGAAUUCUCGAAAUUUAAAAGCGUUUGGAUACAAGCAACCAAUUUCUGAAAAAAAUAUUGAUCAUAUACAAACUUUUUUAAAUGAUCUGUAUGAUUAUAUAAAAAAUUUGAAGUAUGAAGAUAGUCUUAUUUUGUAUUCUCAGAGAAAGACAGGUUUUUUUGGUUUUCUAUUAUGUAUCAAAAGCUUAUUUUCUCUCUAUGAAAAUUACGUCCAACCAAAAAAAAUACAAUUUCUUUGUACAUACAAGCUAAGUCAAGACCACAUAGAAUGUUUUUUUAGUGCCAUCCGAGCAAAGGGUGGUUACAAUAAUAAUCCUACUGCGCGUCAGUUUAAAGCGGCUUAUAAAAGAAUGCUUGUCCACGGAGAGUUAAAACACAUCACAACAGGUAAUUGUGUUGCUUUGGAUGAUAUAAAUAUUUUGACUGCUACACGACCAGAAAUAGCAUUGAAUGCCACUACUAUUGGAAAUCGUUGUAUUGAGUCGGAAACCGCCACUGAAGGAAAUUACUCUACAGUUGUACCAAGUGAUCACGAUUAUGUUAUGGAUCCUACCAUCUUAACUGAAUUUUCACGACAAGUCAUAACUUAUAUAGCGGGAUUCGUUGUUCAUAAAAUGCAGUCAGAAAUAAAAUGUUUUAAGUGUUUAGAUGCUCUUGUUAGUCCGGAGCCAUAUAAAAGCUUACAGUUAAAAAAAGAUAAAGGGGGAUUACAUUAUCCAUCCAAAGAAGUGGUUUUAAUUUGUGAAAUUGCAGAAAAAAUAUACCGAACUAAUAAACCGUUCGGGAAAAAAAAUUCAAUGCACUAUAUUUUGCAGCAAUGUCUUAAAAAAUGUUUACAUUUAAAAUUAUUUUCAGAUGAACACUUCACCGAAAGAGUUAUAUAUAAUCAUUACCCUCUUUUAAUUAAGUGUAUUUCAAAACAUUACUUGAACGCUCGCAUACACUAUGCUACAAAAAAAAUUGUUGAAAGUGGCGAGAAAAUUAGGAAUUUUUACACAAAAUUAAUUAUAUUUAAAGGGCAAUGA